AUGAUUCAACUGUCCCGACAAGUAGCCUGGAGAGCCGGCAGGCUUCGUCCCAACAUCCAACGUCGUGCUGUGUCGACGUCAGCGCUCGUCAAACCGGGGAGCGCAAGCAAACAAAAGACGGUGAAGAAGAAGUCACCUUCGGAUAAGCGCGUCGGAAAGCCGAAGAAUGAGCAAAACGUUUCUUCGAAAGUCCUUGCCCGUUCGCGCGCAAACUCAGUCAGCCAAGGGCAUGAUCCAAAAAGCAGAUUGAGGCUCGAUGCUGGCAAGAAGCAUGCUGGUCGUCAUGGCGCGUUUCGAUCCACCGUCCUCAAUCGGCUGCAAGUUGUGCUCAACAGUCAUUCAGCGUCACAGCAAACAGGGAAUGGGACAGGAGACGAUGAGUUGAAAAGACAGGUGACUCUUUUCAUGAAUGCGCUAGACGAUGCAUUUAUACUUGCCGAAAAGAACAUUACUCGUCGCGACAAGAACCCCUUAUUUUGGACCUUGCGAGACGCUUUCAUCACACGAGACGUCAAGGGCCUAACCAAGGAACUCAACUAUUCUUUCCAUUCCUUCAUGGCUCGACAACGAUUCACGAAAGAAUUAGAAGACAAUCAAAAGCGUCUGCUAGAUUUCCGCUUCCCUCAUGAGUGGUUUCCGGCGACGCGAACGAUGCAGCGCACCAUCCAUGUGCACGUUGGGCCAACUAACUCUGGAAAGACUUACAACGCGCUCAAAGCCCUGGAGAACUCCAAGACGGGUGUUUAUGCAGGACCACUGCGCUUGCUAGCCACCGAAGUGUACCAGAGACUCAAGGCCAAAGGCCGCCCGUGCGCCUUAAUUACGGGCGAGGAGGUUCGCAUACCUGAAGAUACGGAUCAAUAUUUCUCAAGCUGCACCGUGGAAAUGGUCCCGUUGAAUUCCAAGUUCGACGUGGCGGUUAUUGAUGAGAUUCAGAUGAUUGCUGAUGCUGAGCGUGGAAAUGCGUGGACAACAGCAGUGUUGGGUGUACAAGCCAAGGAGGUGCAUUUGUGCGGCGAGGAUCGGACUGUCCCUCUUCUGCAGGCACUUUGUGCCAGCAUCGGCGACAAAUGUGUUGUUCAUCGCUAUGAACGGCUGAGCCCACUCAAGACGAUGGAUUCCGCCAUCAAGGGCGACUACAACAAGCUAGAAAAAGGAGACGCCGUCGUCGCCUUCAGUCGGCUAUCGCUUCAUGCACUGAAACGAAACAUUGAGACCGCGACUGGUCGAAGAUGCGCCAUUAUCUACGGGUCGUUGCCGCCUGAAGUUCGGGUGCAACAGGCUGCUUUGUUCAACGACCCCAACAAUGAUUACGACUUUGUUGUCGCCAGCGAUGCAAUUGGCAUGGGCCUGAACCUUGAAAUUCGCCGAGUAGUGCUCGAAUCUGUCACCAAGUUCGACGGCAGCGCAAACAGACUGCUCACCUAUCCUGAAAUCAAGCAAAUUGGGGGUCGUGCAGGACGAUAUCGAACUGCACAAAGCGCCGUGGACGUGCACGCCGAAGAAGCCAGCAAGGAAAAGGUCGGCUUGGUAACAACGAUGGACCAAGAUGAUCUUCGAAGUAUUGAGCGUGCUUUUAAGAGGAAGGUCAACGACAUUGAGUAUGCCUGUAUUCAGCCCCCAGCCGGCAUCGUUGAACGGUUCGCAUCUUAUUUCCCACCAGACACACCCCUGUCCUUCAUAUUGAUGCACAUCAAGGCUGCUGCAAGUGUUGGGCCAAGGUAUCGUUUGACUAUCGGCAGAGAUGUCCUGGAAAUAGCCGAUAUUAUCCAAGAUUUGCCGCUUACGAUUCACGAUCGCCUCACGUUUUGCUACUUGCCCGUAUCGUUGCGGGCCGAAGGCGCCGUGGAUGUGUUGCGCGCUCUGGCACGAGUUGUGGCCAACAACUCGGCCGGUGACCUGCUGUCUAUAAAAGAAAUACCGCUGGAGUUUCUGGAGGUGAAGAUGGAGGACUAUCCUGGAGGGUCCAACAAAUACCUAUCGAAACUGGAGUCGUUGCAUGUUGCAAUCAAUCAAUACGUGUGGCUGUCGUAUCGAUAUGCCGGCAUGUUUGGAAGCCAAGCGCUGGCUUUCCAUGUGCGACAGCUGGUCGAAGAGAAGCUCAUUUCCACUCUGGAUCGACUUGACUUCACAGAAGAGGAGCUGGAGCACAGGCGGAAGAGUUGGAGAAGACAGGCUCGCUCCCGCGAGAGCCGAAAAGCCAUUGAUGAAGCGCAGCAGGAGCAGCAUGAUGCUCAGGCCUCGGAAUCGGCCAACAAAGACGAAGAGGUCGACAGAAGGGAGCAGCAUGACCAGCAGAUCGAGGUCGGAUCGAUGUGA